AUGGCAUCGCGGGAUCUAGAUCAAGAUAUCGCUCCCAUCCCCCGCUCGCGGGAGGAGAACCAGGAGAGAGCCUUCAUUGCUGCUUCGCGGCGAAAAGAUCGCAGCCUGGAUGCGCGGCUAGAAUCCGCUAACCGGGCCUCGAUGCUGCAUAAGAAGCGCACAGGCAAGGCCUUCCACAUCACCAAGGAGAUCGUGGAGAAAGAGGCCAUGUACGAAGAAGUCGAUGAGCGGUAUCAAGAGAAGCGCAUCCGCAUGCUGCAAGCCCAGAAUAUGCAGAUUGAAGAGCAAUUCCACCGCCAUUUGCUCGCUGCCUUCGCCGCUCGCGCUAAUGGAUCCGGAUCUCAGGGCUCGUCCAUCGCCAGCCGGCGAGCCAGCUUGGCCCCGCGAGCAUCAACUGACAGCGGCUCCCGCAAGCUGAGCCUGGACCUGUCCAAUCUGCCCACUGCCUUCCCGCACAACAUGGACUCAGCUCCCUUCUCGGCGGGCGAUGGCUACGUGCUGUCGCCCUCCCAAAGCCACUUUGACGAGUCGUCUUACAUGACCUGCUCGGAGGCCUCAUAUCCCAACAUGAUGCCCGCCAGCAGUGCCGCCGCAACCCCAGCAUACAUGGGCCAACAGACCCCGUGGAGCAGCCAAGUACCACCGUCGUGGCCGACACUGCAGCAGCAGCAACAACAACAGAUCCCCACUCCGGGACAGACCCCAACCGACAACCAAGCAGUGCAGAUGUGGCAGCAGCAGAUGAUGCAACAGGCUCAGAUGCCGGCGGACGCGGCCCAGGCGAUCCAGAUGCGGCAAUUCAGAGACCGACUGGCCUCUGCACCGGAACUGCCCAUGCAGCAACCCCAGCAGCAACAUCCGUCCGCCCCACCCAUGGGCUCGACCGGAUCGCUCUCUCACGGACAUUCGCGUGGGAAGUCCCAUCCCAGCAACACCUUCCACAACCUCCACCUCCUGACCCAGGGCACAAAUAUUGCUGCCGCUCGCUCGAGCGUCAACUCGCCCAAGGUCGAGUCCCUCACGGCAGAGACCAAGUCCACGCCGGAUUUCUGUCCCACGCCCAACACGCCGCUGUCUCCCACGGCGGUGGCGGCGCAGGAGCCUGUUAAGCAGGAGGACGAGGGCAUCAUGGUCUCGCACGAGGAGUUAGAUGCAGACUUCAACGAGUUCAGCCAGUUUGCCCUGGGCCUGGGCAAUUCGUCCCACCCGCACCUCGGGGAGCGGGAGCCGUUUGGGUUUGACGAAUUUGUCGCCCUUGACGACUUUGCUACGGUUUCUUGUUGA